GACAUCAGUAGCCAAGCAGCCGAAAAUGAAGCUUUCACGUUCCAACGCCUUCCUGAUUUUGUGCAUUUUGCCCCUCAUCAAAGGUCAAGCAGCACCGGGGCACCCAUGCUGUAGUACCCCGGCAUGCUUGCGGGACGUUAUCCAGAUGAAUCUCAGACGUCUUAGAGAUACGAGGCCAGGACCAGGAGUAGUGUCUGCGAAUCCUAUCGGCUUUAGUCAGCCGAUGAUCUAUCAUGUCAAUGUUCCGGGUAUUCAGGUUAACCUCACCUUGAACAACAACGAAAUUUAUGGAGUGGGCGAUGCAAUCGUAUCAGAUGUCAGGUGGCAGUUCUGUGGUAACAAUACGAUAGUCGAUUACACAAAUAACGUUGCACGACUUGUCCACAGAGCUAACUAUACCGCUGUUGGAACUAUCCGAGAUCCAUCAAACAAUGAUGAUGAAAUGGUGAUUGAUGAAACAGGCGUGUUUACUAUUGUAGUCCCUCACUCGGUUAUCACACACACUGCAAAUCUGACUAGUGUAGUACAAAAUGGGGUGAACGUCUGGCGUGUAGAUUCUGCCACAAUGUUAGUAGGUUUCAGAAAUGGUCACGUUGAUUUCCGUACAAACUCAUGCGGCUCAGAUAAUAAAAGAGCGAACAUUUUGGCGUCAAUCAAUGAGAACCUGGAUCAGAUCAUCGAGAGUCUCCGUCCUGAAAUAAAUAGACAAUUCAUCUAUUUACAAACCGAAUUCACUAGGGGCAUCGCGGAAGGUGUUCGAACAGAUGCUGUGAUAUGUGCAACGACUCUCAAUGGAAAUAGAAGGAGACGACACUGCUGAAUCAACAAUUAAUAUAAAUUUAAUUUUUCUCUGAUUCCACUCUUUAUACUGUUCCAAUUCAAUAUGAAGAAUAAAUCAAUGAUUAUCGCACUGUUA